GAGUGUCAGUCGGAGCUCAGACCCCGGACCCGGCGCAGCCUCAGCCUCAAGCCACAGCGGACACCAUGCGGGGGGCUCCCGCUCACCGGCUCUACCACGGACUGUGCUGCCUGCUCGGCCCGGCGCUCACCCUGCUGCUCCCCCUGACAGGAGUACCGGUCCGCAGCGGGGAUGCCGGCUUCUCCAAAGCCAUGGACAACGUGACGGUUCGGCAGGGGCACAACGCCAUCCUCAGGUGCGCAGUGGACAGCAGAGUGACACGGGUGGCUUGGCUCAAUCGUAGCACCAUAUUAUACACUGGCAACGAUAAAUGGUCGAUAGACCCCCGUGUGGUUCUUGUGGCCAACACAAAAUCUCAAUACAGCAUUGAAAUCCAGAAUGUCAACAUUUAUGAUGAUGGAUCUUAUACCUGCUCUGUGCAGACGGACAAUCAAGCUAAGACAUCCCGCGUACAUCUUAUUGUGUUAGUUCCUCCCAAGAUUUUAAAUAUCUCAUCGGAUGUGACUGUAAACGAGGGAAGUACUGUUGACCUUCAAUGUCUGGCCAUUGGCCGACCCGAGCCAACCGUGACAUGGAAACAUUUGUCUGGGAAAACUCACAGAGUGGUCAGUGAUGAUGAAUAUCUGGAAAUUACCCGGAUUUCCAAGGAGCAGUCGGGAGAGUAUGAAUGCAGUGCUGCCAACGAUGUAUCGAUGCCAGAUGUCCGUAGGGUUAAAGUCACCGUUAAUUAUCCUCCAUAUAUCUCUGAUACGAGGAACACAGGGGCAUCGGUUGGGCAGAAGGGCACUUUAUUCUGCUCUGCGCUGGCUGUGCCGUUUGCAGAAUUCCAGUGGUAUAAGGAAGACACCAGAUUAGCCAAUGGGUUGGAUGGUGUGAGGAUUGAGAACAAAGACCACAUAUCCGUUCUGACGUUCUUCAAUGUAUCGGAGAAAGAUUACGGUAACUACACUUGUGUUGCGUCAAACAAACUCGGGAACAGCAAUGCCAGUGUCAUACUAUACGGUCCCGGAGCCGUACAUAACAGAAGUAGCUCAGCGUCUGCAGCCCUGACCGCUACUUGCCUCUGGUUCUCAAUUCUCUAUUCCCUUACCAAGUUUUGAUGAAGCAGAAGACCAUGGAGGUGGGGGCAUACAGUGAUGCUUGGAUGCCAGGAAUGGGUUCUCCAUCCUCCCCCUCACUGUAGGAAUGACUUCACAAAUACUGAGGGAGUUGUCUCCUUCCCAUAAACCCACACUCCCUCGGGCUUUGGCAUUCCACUGGUUUAAACAAUCUAAUGGAAAACAAGAUUGUCCUAAUCAUCUGCCCCUGUGCGUGUCAUCUUAUGCCUCGUUCUCAAUGUGUGAAUGCAGAGCCCGGGGGAGCAAUGGGCUUGGUUUCUUGUGUUGGUGUCUUCGUAACUCCCUGUGUGAUGCUCUGCGGGUCUUUAUGGAUGCCAGAGGGUAAGGCAGGAGGUUGCCUAACUGAUCUGCUCACAGAAUGGACGUUGACCACCCUUGUUCAAGAUAAUGAACAUUCAUUUUACCCUAUUUGAUGGCGCUAAAAAUCCACCCAAGCUGUCUGUGGAAGCCACAAGUGCGGGGAAAGCACAGUUAAUGGCCUAGAGGGUGCCUGGUGAUUUUAUAGGAACUGCAAGAAACUUCCAGGAUGCAGUAAGAUGUGUUUCAUAAUUCAGUCAAUGGGUUCACGUACAACCUGUCAAAUCCAUUCUGUCCACCCUUGAGAUCUGGUCGGCAGCAGAUACCUUAUUGCAAGAUUAUUGAUUUCAUGGCUUAUCAGUCAGCAUGGUAUGCCCCUGCUAUUCUGUAAAGGACCAUGUGAUCUAUAUCAACGCAAAUUCAUUACAAUAGCAAAUGUUUCACCAAGUGGAACCAUGACAAAUUGACCAGCAAUGGACCCUCUUCCAAUCCGUUACAGAACCUUGUGGAUUGUCCUACCCUUCCAUCUUUUCCCAGUUUUCCACCCAACAAGUCACCCUUUGUUACAGUAAACCCAAUUUCCUCUCUCCUUCCUCUAGAUCCUAUGGAUAUUAGAACACCGGUAAAUCGUCCCUCAUCAACGUUGUCAUAUUGAAUGCACAUAUGUUUUGGAUCAGUGUGCAGUACAAUAAUGGAAAUUAUAUAUAUAUUUAUUUUAUUUUAAAGACAAGUUGCGAGUUGGUUUUGAGAUAUGAAUCUGGUAGUAGGUAGGUAAGAUGGUUAGACUGAGAAGGAAUAACCGCAGACUCCGAAAAUCACGUCAUGUUUUGAUAUGUUUGUAUGUUCUGCUACUAUUGCUGACAUCAGAGAUGCUCCACAAAAAAAAAAAAAAAACUCAGAACAUUGCAAAGUAAAUGUGUUUACGGACUGGUUCCAAACUAUGGUCACAGAUAUUCUAUAGAUACAUAUAUUAAGCACAUACAAGAAUGCAAGAUAAAGCAUUUGUUUCGUAGUAGAUUAAUAAAGAAAUGGCUAGGUGAUAAUUUGCACUGUUCAGACAAACUAGGCAGGGUUGUUGCAGGUAUAUCUGGAAUGAUAAAGUGGCAUGUUACCAGGUCAGACUGUGGGAUAAUUUCAUUUUUUUAGUGUGAUAAUUAUCUCAGAGUAUCCAGCAAGAAUGGGCAGAAGUUCGAUCUUUGCUGUGGGCAGACUGUAACCCAUGAUUCUGCCGUGUGUCCAUUUUUUGGCCACACUUGCUUUAUGGAAUAACGGACUUACCUACCAUGUAUAAUAUGGAUUCUGCUCAGUCUUAAACAUUCUAGAGAUGAAAGGACACACAGUCAGACUCACAGGGACUUGCAAAGCAUUCAUCGCAGAGAGACACCCUGAGCAUUCCUUUUACUUCCAUACUGGAAUAUUGUGAAGAAAGAUAAAUAUUGACUGGUGUAUUAAAGUGUAAAUGGAAUGUAUGCACACGUGGAGCAAUAUCUAGCUAGGUGGAGGUAAUGCAGUGCUCUGUGUGGCUCAGAUGAACGCUGUGCUCUGUUCGGUGCGAGAGACUGUGGGGAUCCUUUAGUCUGUACGUAUGCUAUUUUGUGAAGCAGUUGAGCUCUGGAAUAUUUUCUUUUUAUUCUCUUUAAACCCUAGAAGGCCGGUGCUCCAAUUCCCAUGUUAGAAUGUGAUGAAAACACAGUCAGAUUGCUGCAUGUUACACAGAGUUUGUAAACUUUUCUAGGCCAGGACAGUGAGAUGGUUGUAAUCCUGUGAUGUGUCAAUAAAAUCUGAUAUUUGUAA